CUCACUCCCCUUCAGAGCUGGAAAAGCCCAACCAAUCAUCUGACAGGGAGGGAAGAGGCGAAGCACCACCGACUUCCCAAGAUGCUGGCACUAAUAAACCGGCUUUUAGACUGGUUCAAGUCUUUAUUUUGGAAGGAAGAGAUGGAGCUGACCCUGGUCGGCCUCCAGUAUUCGGGAAAAACGACGUUCGUCAACGUAAUUGCCUCUGACGAAACCCUAAUUGGAGUGAUGGUUGAUGAGAUGAAGAGGCUGCUGAGGAAGCUGAUGUCCAAAUUUGUGCAAAUGGAUGUGAUCAGGAAAGCUGAGGAUAUCCUAGAUGUUGAUUACAGGAACAAGGAGAACUGGCAUGACACAGGCAACACAGCAGUAUCACAUGAUGCCAGACAAUACAUGGAGCAAGUUGAAGACUAUCUCUGAUGCCACCAAAAAGAGGUUCUUUGACAGUGUAGUUAAUUUUUACACAAGUGUUGUGACCAAAAUAAACUUGAAAAAAAAUGGUUGCAUUUUGUCUUAGCGAUUGUCGCGCGCGCGUGCGUCAUCGGGGUUG